AAAAAGAGGCUUACAAAAACUGCGGAGGAGCCCGCGGCGACCCGCCCUGCCCCGUAGCCUCGGGUCUGGGACAACCCUAACCGCUCUGCGCGCCACGCCCACUACUCUCGCUGCGCACGCGCCGAACCUUGGCUGCGGCGUCUCCUAGGGGCGUCCAGAGCACGUCGCACGCAUGCCUGAGAGGGGCGGGCCGCUUUUCUUCCAAGGUGGCGGCCGCUUCGCUGCUGCUGGGCCCAAAAUGGAUCUCCCAGUUCUGGUUGCCGCUCCGACGGCGCGCGGAGGCCAACAUGGCGGCGGCUCUCCAAGCCGGCUUCGCCGAGGCCCGGGGCCACCUCCCAACGCGAGCGCCGGGCGUCGCCGCCUACUACUACUGAAGGACUCGGAAGAUGGCGGGCCCGGGCCAAGAUGCAGAGAGGACCCUGGGCCGAGCCCGUCGCCCUCCGAGGACGGCAGUGACUCCUUCUUGGUCUUGCUGGAAGUGGCGCGCGGCGGUACCGCGGAGGCCGCCGGGCGGCAGGACGCGGAGCCAGACCCUGGCGCGAGCUCGGCGGGCCGCCCUGAGCAGGCCUCCAGCGGCCCGGCCGGCGCCGCCCUCGCGGGCACCGUCACCAUCAACAACCAAGACCUGCUGGUGCGCUUCGAUCACGGAGUCUUCACGUUGGCCGCCGCACCGCCGUCCGCUCCUGCUCCGUCUGGCGGCCGCCGGCCCACAAAACCGGGCACCGAGACCCCGAGCUCCGCGGAGCGUCAUCGCGGGCCCUCGGGCUCCAGCUCUGGCGUGCCGGGCUAUCGAUGCCCCGAGCCGCAGUGCGCUCUGGCCUUCUCUAAGAAGCACCAGCUCAAGGUGCACCUGCUAACGCACGGCGGCCUGCAGGCCCGGCGGCCCUUCAAGUGCCCGCUUGAGGGCUGCGGCUGGGCCUUCACCACCUCCUACAAGCUCAAGCGGCACCUGCAGUCGCACGACAAGCUGCGGCCCUUCAGCUGCCCGGUGGGCGGUUGCGGCAAGAAGUUCACUACCGUCUACAACCUGAAAGCGCACAUGAAGGGACACGAGCAAGAGAGCUUGUUUAAGUGCGAAGUGUGCGCCGAGCGCUUCCCCACGCACGCCAAACUCAGUUCCCACCAGCGAAGCCACUUCGAGCCUGAGCGCCCCUACAAGUGUGAUUUUCCCGGCUGCGAGAAGACAUUCAUCACAGUGAGUGCCCUGUUUUCCCAUAACCGAGCCCACUUCAGGGAACAAGAGCUUUUUUCUUGCUCCUUUCCUGGAUGCAGCAAACAGUAUGAUAAAGCCUGUCGAUUGAAAAUUCACCUAAGAAGUCAUACAGGUGAAAGACCAUUUAUUUGUGACUCGGACAGUUGUGGGUGGACCUUCACCAGCAUGUCCAAACUUCUAAGGCAUAAAAGGAAACAUGAUGAUGACCGAAGGUUCACCUGCUCUGUGGAAGGCUGUGGCAAAUCAUUCACCAGAGCAGAGCAUCUUAAAGGCCACAGCAUAACCCACCUAGGCACAAAGCCAUUUGAGUGUCCUGUGGAAGGGUGCUGUGCUAGGUUCUCCGCUCGCAGUAGUCUGUACAUUCACUCUAAGAAGCACCUUCAGGAUGUGGGUGCUCCGAAAAGCCGCUGCCCAGUGUCCAGCUGCAACAGAAUCUUCACCUCCAAGCACAGCAUGAAGGCUCAUAUGGUGCGGCAGCAUAGCCAGUGCCAAGAUCUUGUACCUCAACCAGAAGCUCCAAGUUCUCUCACACCAAGCAGUGAACUGAGCAACCCAGGACAAAGUGAGCUCACUAACAUAGAUAUAGCAGCACUCUUCUCUGAUGCACCUGCCAACAGUAGUAGUUCAGCAAGUGGGCCAGAUGAGGCACUGAACUCUGGAAUCCUAACCAUUGAUGUCACUUCUGUGAGCUCCUCUUUGGGAAAGAACCUCCCUCCUAAUAAGAACUCCUUAGGGCCCAUGGAACCCCUGGUCUUGGUGGCUCACGGUGAUAUUCAUCCAGGUGUGGAUAGCCCUCUUGUUCUUGGGACAGCGGCCACAGUUCUUCAGCCAGGCAGCUUCAGUGUGGACGAUGUGCAGGCUGUGAGUCCAGGAACGGUAGGCUGUUUGGUGGCAUUGCCCUUGAAGAACUUAAGUCAAGAUCCACCUGCUUUGACUUCCAGCAGCAGCUUAGCAGCACAUUUCACCACAUCAACCUCUUCACGUACUCCCCAAGAAACUGCCAGUGCCCCAGAACUUAUAACUUCAAUCAAGGUGGAGCGAGACUCACCUCCUCUCCCUGAUAUGGUUGAGCAGCAGGAGGGAAGCCUAGGGCCAAGCCGGUCUGUGUUCUCCAGCCCCAUAGAAAGGCAUGGUACCCAGAAGGACACAGAGCUCAGUGCAGGCACUGGCAACCUCUUUUUGGAAAGUGGGGGCUCAGCAAGAACUGAUUACCGAGCCAUUCAACUAGCCAAGGAAAAAAAGCAGAAAGGAACUGGGAGCGAUGCAGGAGCCUCGGAGUCUACUCAAGGAAAAAUUAAAGGUGACAAGAUGAGCCCUCACUUCCAUGCAAGCCGAAACAGUUGCAUGUGUGGAAACCUCACAGUGCCUAGCGGAGGUCGACCAGCCCUGGCUCCAGUGACUGGGGUGCAGUGCAUCCAGAUCCCAGUGCUGCAGCCUGUCUCACUGCAUCCGUGCAAGUUCUUACCUAUGUUAGGACUGACGCAUCAGGAUGAUCCCUCAGGUGAAGGAGUCUUGCCACUGGCCCUCAGCCCACAGCCCUCCACCUUCCACCCCUACUUCGCCAUGGAUUUGCCCAUCUACGUCCUCCAGGAGGUGCUUCCAGCACCUGGAGGUGUUGCUAGGCCUGAGGCUGCACAGGUGCCAGGAAGCACUAUCAACCUGCGGGACCUGCAGUGACAGCAACCCAUGCCUGAGUGAGAUCAGGGCCACCUUCCAGGCUGUGCCUCCUCGGAUGAUGUGCUACAGGGCCUGGAGAGACCCUACUUGGUUUUUGCCUAGAAGUCCAGCCUAUUUCUUUAGAGACUUUCAAGUACAUUUAUCAAAAAUGUUUUCUUCUGUUUUAUCAGGAACCAGUUGGGUGGGGCUGAACUCUGAAAAUGCCUUUAUAAGCAAAGUGCUUUGGUGAGGCACAUACUACUUUGUCCAUUCUCAGCUGUGUGCUUUACAGCCCUUUCCCCAGAUCCUAUUGGAUGUGAGCUGCUUAUAACACAUGUUGCAUUAAAAGAGAAAAAGAAAAGACCUAUGCAGGAAGUGGUGUUGAGCACAGGUUCCCUGCUGAAAUACAACUUUGUAAUAAGUCCAAAUGCAAUCUUUCAGUUUCAGUGUUUUAGUAUUUUGCCCAAGAGUGAUUUAGAAGUCCUACUUUCCUUUUCUGAGAGUUCAUGUGAUGGGCCAUGUCUCAACAUGUUUGGUGCUUUUUGUGUAUGGGUCGUUUUUGCCACAUUGUAGGCCAAAAUUGUCACAUUGCCACAGUGAAGCCAAAUUCUGAUCCAGGUUCUGGCAAAGCAGACAGGCAACUAAUUUGGGAAGAAAAUGGUUGGUGUGUCUUGGGGCCUGACCAUGGCCUAUUAGUGAGCUCUUUUUCCUACAGCAAAUGGAUAGCUCAUAAUUUGGGGAUGGGAAAGUUAAAGCUUUUAAAAUAUUCCUGCCUCACAAGUGCAAGGUCCUGAGUUCCAUCUCCAGUACCAAAAAACUAAACUUUCAAAACAAUUUUUCUAAAUUCCAUAUUUGGGCAUUCAUGUUAAAUAGUAAUUUGACAACAGUUUAUAAAGCAAUGUUCUAAAUACGGUAAAUUAUAUAUACAACUGUGAUAAUGGUAUGCAUAUGUUUUCUGUUGAGGUUGUAUAUGUGCGUAUAAUAGGUCUACUUAUAUUUUUACAGAAUAAGGUCUGUCUUGCAAAGGCAGCUAAGUUGAUUACCUUGCCCAUACUUAAGUUAACAAACUGAACAUGGGGUGACUGAGAAAUUUUUAUUUUCUUGUGCCUUUUGAAGUGUAUGGUUUUUCAGAUACUGUUCAAUUCUCAGACAUAGAGUCAUCCAAACUCUUCCUGUUCUGGGUUUAUUUCUCAGACUUUGAGACUUUGGCUUUUGGGGAGGAUGCCUAGUUUGAGUGUAAGUCCUCUCUGUGUCCUGCUUUGAGGUGCUGUCUACCCAAGUAGUGCUCCCUACAAAGGAAUUACAGCCCCAUUUGAGAAUGGUUCCUUCCCACAAAUCUCUGUGCUGCAUCCCAGACCCAAGAUGAGGGGUUGAAUUUGCCCACAAUGGUAUCCAGUGCUCUACUCCCUCUAAUAGAGAACAAGGCAUCCUUGUCUCCUCCAGGAGGAGGACCUGCACCCAGGAGCCCAUCCUAUAGUCAAGGCCCUGCCUUUCUCCCACAGUCUCCAAUAAGUGUCUACCACUGAAUGAUUGGGACAGGUUGUUAGUGUUCUGGGACUGAGGCUUCCUCCCUGCUGGCAGUGGGCCCAACUCCUAGUGCAAAAAAAUAAAAGCUUUUGUAUUAUCACACA